AUGCCGCCGCGCAGAACCCGCUCGGGUGACGCGUCAUCCGGGUCCACGACGCGCUUCUUCCAGCGUCACUCCAACGUGUACGCCUACGUCCCCAACAUCAUCGGAUACGUCCGCGUUCUCCUCGCCGCCGCCGCGCUGCGUCUCGCCUUCACCGACGUGCCGACAUCCCUCGCGCUCUACGCGCUGAGCUUCGUCUGCGAUGAGCUCGACGGACGCUUCGCGCGCAUGUUCGAUCAGUGCUCCGAGUUUGGCAAGCUACUCGACAUGGUGACCGAUCGCCUCGCCACCACCGGGCUCCUCAUGGUGCUCUCCCGCGAGUACCCGGACUGGUUCUUCACCUGCGUCUCCCUCGUCGCCCUUGACGUCGGCUCGCACUGGCUCCAGAUGUACGCGCAGCUCCUUCGGAACAAAUCGUCGCAUAAAGACGUCGACCCGAGCUCGUUUUUCAUCCUUAAGCUGUACUACACCAACAGGAUAUUCAUGGGCGCGUGCUGCGUGGGCGCGGAGGUGCUGUACCUCGCGGCGCACGCCGCGACGGACCCGAGGAUCGCGGCGAUCGCGGGGCCCCUAAGGAUCGGGGCGACGCCGGCGAAGGUCUCCGUGCCGCUGCCCGCGGCGCUGGGCUGGGGGACGGAGCUCGGCGUCGAGUGCGCGAGCGCGCUGGGUCAGCUGGCGCUCGUCGCGCUUCCGUUCUGGGCGGUGAAGCAGGCGGCGAACGUGGCGCAGCUGGUGACGAGCUGCGAGGCGCUGGUGGCGCACGAUUUUCCGAAGCGUAAGCGGACGUGA